UUCCAACAAUCCGUACUUGAACCAAAGUCCAAAACACUCACGCUUGGCCCGCAGAGUAUGUAUGUGUGAAUGAGAGAGUAGACCGGCGGGUAGCAUCAUUUAUGGUUGGUUGGAUAGCUCUUCCACUCUCCCAUAUUGGUUGAGUCUGACUGAAAAUGGAAAGUAGCUAAACACGAGUUUAGUUAGAGUUCAGAUGAUGGAGUUAGCACGUGCUCUUGCACUUGCACCGUUCUCCUCCUUCUUCUUCUUCUUCUUCUCCGGCUGGCCAUGGUGGGACCAUAUCAGCGACUCCACUCAGUGGCAGAGCGCUCUCUUCUACUCUCUCUGUGCCGCUUACGCUCUCAUCUCCUCCGUCGCUCUGAUUCAGCUCAUCAGAAUUGAGCUCAGAGUACCUGAAUAUGGCUGGACUACUCAGAAGAUUUUCCAUCUCAUGAACUUCAUUGUCAGCGGAGUACGUGCACUAGUGUUUGGAUUUCACACCAAAGUUUUCACUCUGCAUCCCAAGGUUUUGGUUUUGGUGCUAUUAGAUCUGCCUGGACUUGUGUAUUUCUCAACAUACACACUUCUAGUACUUUUCUGGGCGGAAAUUUAUCAUCAGGCGAGGAGUUUGCCGACGGAUAAGCUGAAGAUAGUUUAUGUAUCUGUAAAUGGUGUUGUGUAUUUUAUUCAGGUUUGUAUUUGGAUUUACAUCUGGAUAGAUGACAAUAGUGUUGCGGAGUUAAUUGGACAGAUAUUUAUUGGAGCUGUGUCAUUUAUUGCUGCAAUAGGCUUCCUAAUAUAUGGAGGAAGAUUAUUUUCCAUGCUGAGGCGUUUCCCAAUUGAAUCAAAGGGUAGAAGGAAGAAGCUUAAUGAGGUCGGAUGUGUCACAGCAAUCUGUUUCACCUGUUUUCUGAUAAGAUGCUUGAUGGUUUUUAUAUCUGCAUUUGAUUCUGAUGCAUCACUUGAUGUUUUAGAUCAUCCAAUUUUGGAUUUUAUCUACUACAUGCUGGUUGAGAUCGUGCCUUCAGCUUUAGUACUCUUCAUCCUGCGCAAAUUGCCGCCGAAGAGAAUAUCAGCUCAAUAUCACCCUAUCCGUUAGCUGCAGUCCAUCUUGGAUCAUACUUUAUUCGGUUUCACCCUUCGGUUACGAUUUUUGAUGGCAUUGCAGUGAAUGGUAUUCAUUUGCUCUUUUGACCAUCAUAAUAAUCUCAUGCAGCAGUUCUUUUUGCAUGUGUAGUAAUCAACGGUUGCUGCUGGGGGAGGAGAAUUUGGGUUCUUCUUUUCUAGUUUGUGAGACAUCAAGAUCGUGAUUUUCACUCUAUGUAAGUAAAAGGGGGAUUGUGAGGAGUUGAGUGAGGAGUUAGAGAAAAUAGAGAUUUUGAUGUGGUUUUGAGAUGUGUUGCCAACAUUCUAAAGAGUUCCAGCUUUGAUUGUUUGUGUCCAACACACCUACAUUGAUGUACUCAUUCUUUUUUGUUUUUUCUAGAAUACGAGUGUCUUGUUUGAUGAAGAAUUUAGACUAAUAUAUAAAGGUUGAGGUUGUUGCUUUUUCAA